UCCAGAUUCUCUUACUGCCAUUACUGCUCUCUCCCUCUCUCGCUCACUGCGAGGCUUUUUCUCCUGCCUAUCAUGUCCAGCAGUUUCUACACUCUUCAUCCACAGACAGGUGGUUCACGAAACGCCAGCAUUCCUCCCGUUGACCAACUAUGGGGAUUUGACCCCUUACAGUUGCUUGAAACCGUCGAGUUUCCCAAUGAUCGGUAUGAAAAGUAUCUACGAAGAAACAAGGCUGCCAGAAUGAUGGCCAUUCGCCGUAUCCCUCUUCCGGUAACCCCUCCAACGUCCGACACAUCUACACCAAUCUCGACCAAACCCAGUACGGCGGCUACUGUCCCUUCAUCCGCCUCGCAUCAAAUGUCUCAGCAUCACCUACGCCGAUCAGUUCUUAGCCCAGCCUCGACAGCUAUUCGAGAUGAAGCGACUCUGCGCGAGCAACUGGCGCGCCUUGCUGCCACCCUGUUGAUCCAAGCUCUGUUUCGAGGUUGGAGAACCAGAACCAAGUACAUUGCUGUAGUUUAUGCAAAGAUCAGCGUCCAAACACAUCGUUUAAGCCCUCCCGAUGUGUUCGGAGCGUUCCAAAGGGAACUGCCUGGGGUCACUGCACAAGAUCUUAGUGUGCAGGAGAAGCUACUUCGACGUUACUACAAGUACUGCUCUCUCGUCGAAGCUGCUUCCCCGAUUGACACGGUCCCCCCAACGUUUCCUGAGUUUGCUGCAGCUUACAUACAAGCUGUAUGGCGUAUGUGGCUCGUGCGACGAAAUUGGUUACGAUUCAGAAGAAUGAAAUCAGGUGCACCACAAAGCGAUGAAGCUGAAGAGGCCCGAAAAGAAAUGUUAUGGAAGGCUCGAAAGGCUGGUGGACAGCAAAACACAUGGGAUGAAGCGGCAAGAAAGAUACAGAGAGCCUGGCGAGGCCAUUAUAACGUAAAGAUCUAUCGCUUCCACCGGGACCUCAUUAGAUUCCGUCUCCGCGGAGACCCGCGCAAGCUACUCAGAUUUAUCAACCCGCAAGAAUCACAGCUAAUCGACGGCGCCAUGGGCAUCCAUGUCAAAUUCCGGCUAGGUGGUACGGCUUUUCCACCUACCAUCUACUACAAAAUCUUCGUUCACAAAAACCUGGUAGAUAUGAAUGCCUUCAGUCCACGGGAUUACACUUCCCAGGAAAGUAAACAACUCUUGCCAGUGGACUUAUUUGACAGAACUGGACCCUUGCCAAAGCCGGGACCACUGGCUGGAUGGUAUCAGCGAAUUGAGAAUAAUGGAUGGCGGCCAGUUUCAGAAAAGAUGUUGGAUGAGCAGCAAGAUACGGCACCUCAGUUCUCAAAUUCAAAACCGAUCCGCUACCAUCAUUUGCAACUGAAGCGUCGACAGGAUCUGGAAGCCGCAAAGCGAAUGCGGAAGUUGGAGUGGCUUAAGAAAAUGUAUCGCCAAGGCAAGGAAAUGAUGAGAGCAGCGACCACAGCAGAACAGAACCUUAUCCAAUCAGGAUUCGAAGACGACACACUUAAAAUGAAGUCCUCUGGCGGGCUAGUUAUGUCAGAUCAAACAUAUGAGCAGAUAGGGCCGCCUUCACAUCAGCCCUCUGUCAGCGAACUAGAGUUGACCUCCGAAGAGCAUCUUUCAAAACUCGAAUCAGAAUUGGAUGCGGACGUGUUAAUUCGAUGGACCAACGCGCUAGACUUUGACGCUUAUUGUGCUGACUGGAUAGAGAUAGCUACGAGUGGAAAGUCCGAUGAUCCAAGAACGUUUGAUAUCGAAGCAGAAAUUACCGUAGAAGAUGCAGAAAUGGUGGAGGGACCCGUCGAGUCAGAGACCGCCGUCCAUGAUGGAGUUGAUGACCCACUGGAGAGGUCUACCGCUUCGGCUUCAAAAUCUCGACCUUGGUCGGGGAAAUCAGAUCGCUCCGUCCGUGAUUUAAUGGUGUCCCAGCGUGAUAUACUAGAGUUUUAAAUGUGAAUUAAAGGGAAUAGUGAGCCUACUAUCACCAGCAAUCAUGUCGCUAAAGACAAAGGAGUUGCUUGCACCUUCUGGAAGCUAAGGCAAAUCUUACUUGGAAAUGCUUCAUCGCCAGCUGCCAAGUUUGCUAAAGGAGGAAAGUUGAAAGAGGGUUAGGGUUUGGAAAUUUGUUGUGAGUGUAAACGCUCCUGUUCAAUUCCAGUACAGCACCUUUUUGUAUCUAGAUUCAUCAUAAUGAGUAUAAAGUAGUAUGAUAUUGAG